CUCACGGCUCUCUUAACAAUCUUCCAGUUCCGAUCACGUUGGAUCCCAACACGGCCCAGGCCAACUUGGAGCUGUCUGAGGAGCUGAGCUGCGUGCGGUACAGCAGUCAGCGGAUGCUCCCGGACAAUCCGGAACGCUGCACGGGAGGAGUGUGCGUGCUCGGUGCGGGCGGCUUCGUGUCCGGGAAACACAGCUGGACGGUGGACGUGAGCCGGGGUAAAGACUGGUACAUCGGGGUGGUCCGGGAGUCCAUCCAAAGGAAGGGGGCCAUGUCCCUCAAGCCAUCCGACGGGGUCUGGAUCAUUGGAGGCAUUAUAGGGGGCGUCCUGUGGGCUCAGACGUCACCUCGCACGCGACUGGAAUGCAAGCAGAAACCCGAAAGGGUUACAGUGGAGUUGGACUACGACAAGGGCAAGGUGGCGUUCAUCAACGCAGUAGAUUCAAAGACCAUUUUCGUAUUUAAAGACAAGUUCACCGAGAGGAUCUUCCCUUACUUCUCUACUGGGAUUCAUGAUGAGGGCAGCGGCUCCUUCCCCCUCACCAUCUGCUCUCAGACCGUCACGGUCGCCAUCUCAGACAAGUGAAGACCGUAUCCGUA